CCCAGCACCCCUCCCAAGUGGAGGUCGUGGGAGCCGGUGAGAGGAGGCGUGUGUGCGCGCUCAGUGCUCCUGCAUGGUUUACUAUCAAUAUCACCCAACCGGCUACCUGACUGCUUACCACCAGGUAUCACAUGGUGAACUAUCCAUAACAACCAAAGACAUUGUUAUCUACCUGGAAUUUACAUCACUCUGAAGUCUUCCAUGAGAUUUUCCUCACGUCUUCCAUAAGAUCAUCACUGUGCCUCUUCUCCGAAAUCUCCUGUGAGAACUGGAAUUGCUUUUGAGGAGCUUAUAAGGACAUGAUCAUUGAAGAAAAAAAUUAGAAAGUCUACAGAACUCAUCAAAGUUUUCAGAGUGUACAGAUCAAAUAUUGGAGAAUAUAGGAAAAUAAAAUAAAGAGCGUUUCGUUGGAUCCCUAAUUUUAAAACAAGAUGACUUCCAGGGAUUUUCCUAACUUGUCUCAGCCGUGGAUGAAGCUUCUCUGCAGAAUGUCAAGCAAGGAUCGACACAUUGAUUCAAGCUGCUCGUCAUACAUCAAGACGGAACCCUCAAGCCCAGCCUCGCUGACGGACAGUAUCAACCAUCACAGUCCAGGCGGCUCCUCAGACGCCAGUGGAAGCUACAGUUCCACGAUGAACGGGCACCAGAAUGGACUGGACUCUCCCCCGUUGUACCCCGCUGCGGGCCUUGGCGGCAAUGGGCCCGUCAGGAAAAGAUACGAUGACUGCUCCAGCACCAUUGCCGAAGAUUCACAAACCAAAUGUGAAUACAUGCUCAAUGCUAUGCCCAAGAGACUGUGUCUGGUGUGUGGUGACAUUGCAUCAGGUUACCAUUAUGGGGUGGCUUCAUGUGAAGCCUGUAAGGCUUUUUUCAAAAGGACAAUUCAAGGAAACAUAGAAUACAGCUGUCCAGCCACGAAUGAAUGUGAAAUCACAAAGCGUAGACGCAAGUCCUGCCAAGCCUGCCGCUUCAUGAAGUGUUUAAAAGUCGGCAUGCUGAAAGAAGGCGUACGUCUUGACAGAGUUCGUGGAGGCCGACAGAAGUACAAGCGCAGAAUAGAUGCGGAGAACAGCCCGUACCUGAAUCCUCAGCUUGUCCAGCCAGCCAAAAAGCCAUAUAACAAGAUUGUCUCACAUUUGCUGGUGGCUGAGCCAGAGAAGAUCUAUGCCAUGCCUGACCCGACCAUUCCCGACAGUGACAUCAAGGCCCUCACUACCUUGUGUGACCUGGCUGACCGAGAGCUGGUCGUCAUUAUAGGAUGGGCCAAACAUAUUCCAGGAUUCUCCACCUUGUCCCUUGCCGAUCAGAUGAGUCUCCUACAGAGUGCAUGGAUGGAGAUCUUGCUACUAGGCAUAGUAUACCGAUCCCUCUCCUUCGAGGACGAGUUGGUCUACGCCGAAGACUACAUCAUGGAUGAAGACCAGUCAAAACUGGCAGGGCUGCUGGAACUGAACAACGCCAUCCUGCAACUUGUCAAGAAAUACAAGACCAUGAAACUGGAGAAGGAAGAGUUCGUAACCCUCAAAGCUAUAGCACUUGCUAAUUCAGACUCCAUGCAUAUAGAAGACGUUGAAGCUGUUCAGAAACUUCAAGACGUCUUACACGAGGCUCUGCAGGAUUAUGAAGCUGGCCAGCACAUCGAAGACCCUCGCCGGGCUGGCAAGCUGCUGAUGACUUUGCCGCUGCUUCGACAAACGUCCACCAAGGCCGUCCAGCACUUCUACAACAUCAAACUGGAAGGGAAAGUUCCUAUGCAUAAACUUUUUUUGGAAAUGCUUGAGGCCAAAGUCUGACUAAAAAAGAAGCUUUGGUGACCCAGUAGCACCACUGAGUAAAAAUAAAGAAAGAAAGAAAGAAAGAAAGAAAAAAUAAGGGAAAUUAUGUCUAAUUAUAAUGGCAAAUAAUGUACUGAAUCUUAAGCAAGUGACUGCACUGACAUGAGUAGCAGCAAGACUGGAGCAGCUUUCAACUUUUCAUUCUGCGUUGUACUUGUGCAGAUAUUUUCCUCUCCCGAUUUUUUUUUUGCUGCUGAACUUAAAAUAAAGAGUAAAAAAAAAAAAAACUAAAAAUGUAAAAAAGUCUUUAAAUAAGAGAGAUGGAAGCCAGCCCUGCCAAAGGACAGAAAUCCAUAGGCCAGAAAGCCACUGAAUUCAGUAUGGACCACAAGGCCCCCCC